AUGCUCGCUGCCGGCGGUACUGCCGGUGCUUUGCUAGCAGCGCCUCUCUCCGAUUUCCUUGGCAGGAAGAAAGCCGUCACAUCAAUGGCCGCUCUAUUUCUUAUAGGUUGUUCCAUGCAAGAAGUUCCCAACCUGAACGUCCUUUACGCCGGUAGACUCCUAGCUGGUGUAGCAAUCGGUGCGACCUCAAUGUUAGCUCCCCAAUACCUGGCAGAAAACUCCCCAAAGUCGAUCCGAGGGUCCCUUACUACAUCGUACAACUUGAUGAUCAUCUUGGCACUCGCUAUUGCCUUUUGGGUAAACUAUGCAGUCAGCCUUUGGCCCAAUCAGGACCCCGACAACAACAAAGCUUGGCAGUUGGCUCUUGGUAUUCAGUUAAUCCCAGGCUUCUUCCUCUUCGCUCUUAUCUGGUUCGUCGUCGAGACACCACGAGCCCUUAUUUCGAAAGGCAAACAAGAGCGCGGACUUAAGAACCUGUGCAAGCUGAGAGGCCUGCCGGCCGAGCACCCAUACGUACACCAAGAGUAUCUAGAGAUUCUGGCCCAGUCGGAAGCCGAGCAAAGCCAAGCAAAGGGAGCAACAAUUCAGGCUACAGCCAUGCUCUACAUAGGUCUCUUCCUCCGCUUUUCCGAUGUUCAGCCUGGUAGUGGAACGACUCCGGGUGGCAUUGUGGGCAUUAUCAUGAUAUACCUCUACGCCUUUGGUUGGUCUUUCGGGCACUCAGUAGCACCAUAUGUCGUAGCCGCUGAAAUCUUCCCCUCGCGCGUCCGAUCGGUCUGCAUGUCCUGCUGCCUCUUCACAAAUUGGAUUGUCAACUACGGUAUCACGUCCGCCACACCACACAUGCUGAGUACCAUGAAGUACGGCACGUUCUUGUUUUUCUCCAUCAUGACGUACAUUGGUGUCAUCUUUGUCUUUUUCUGUUUACCCGAGCUCAAGGGCCGAAGCAUCGAAUCCAUGGACGACCUCUUUGCUCAUUCACUAUGGACCAUGUUCAAGCGCGCCUAUCCCACCGAGGAUGAGAAGGUUCGGCAUGAUGUUCAGGAGCAAUUGCAGCACGAGGAAGACAAAGUUGUUUCCCAUGUAACGAUGGUUGAGGAUAGUGGUAGGCGUGCUUAA